UAAUUAACUUAAAUAUUAUAAAAUAUUUUUAGUGAACACUGUUUAGUGAUGAUAAUGACUCUGCAAUCUAAAUAACUAACAUAAAUUAAGAAAUUCGCCAAAAUUCUCAUUCUAUUGAGUGUAUCAUUAUUAAAAAGAAGUGAAUUUGGUGUAUUUCUAGUUCAAUAUAUUGCGAUUAAGGUUUUAGUAUUCUUAUAUAGCCCAAAACCACUUGAGAAGCGAACUCAAAUUUUAUCCCAUCGAAGUUUGAAUAGUAAUUUCAAUCAAACAUUGAAAUAAUUAUACAAAAAAUUUUAUUUAGCAAUUAAUUUUUUUAACUAGUUUUUUGUUCCCCAAAAAAAUAUAUUAGCGCAGUUGCAAAAUUUUUUGUUUUUCUUUUUAGUAGUAUUAACAAAAUUUUUGUGUAAUCUCUUGAUUGGUGAGAUUUAUAAACGAAUUAGUAUUUUCAACCGCAAAUAAAUAUAAAAAUUAAUAAAAAAUAUUACCUGCGUAUUAUGGAUCAUUUCAAUGUACCGAAGAAAGUGAAUCGACAUGUUUUGAAAGCAUUGGGAGUUCUGAGUGGUGGCAAUCGCGAUCAAAUCGUUGUCACGUCACAAAUAAUUGACCAAGUCAAGCAUCAAAUGAGAAACUUGGUACCGGUACCCAAUCUCGGUAGGGUUGUGGAAAAGUCAUUACAAAAUCUAAGCGAAAUUGGCUUGAUUGAUCGUCAUGGGAUGUACAGAUAUGCGCUUGGGCGAUGCGCCGCCGUCAUGCCUGGCCCCAGCGCUCAGCCGAAUUCAAGAACUCCUGACCGUCGUGUGUUUCGAGGCAAUAAUCCUCGAAAUUGCAGUCGAAGCAAUUUAGAUCCCAAUAAGAAACGUGCUCGGGGUUGCAGUGACGAGGAAUCCAUCUCAGGCGAUGAAUUUGAUCGCGCGCGGAAACGCAUGCGUACCAAUAAUAAGCAAGUACGUCACUGUGGUCGAUGGGCAUAUCUUCCUCGCGUGCGACAACAUAACCAACGUAGUCAACUUAACCAGCAAGCUCAUUUUAAAUUCAAUGCAUCCCAUAUUUCUCAAGACUUUUACUCGUUGGAUCAUCCAUUAACGCAAUUGCAAGAAUUUCGUUUCUCCAGAGAAUACCGAAACCCUUUUGAAGUUGUUAGUAAUGACAUAAUUAAUAAUACAGCAUUGGAUUUUACCCUAGCCAAUGUGACACCCACACCAUCUCUGGAAAUAACUGAAAUCAAUGAUGAUAUAAAAAAAAUUGUAGAUGUUCGAAAAAUAGUCGAAACGCCACCAUUACAACAACAAAAUGAAGAAAACAACUCGAAUGCGGAUUAUGUAGUGGAGGAAUAUGAGGAGAAAGAGGAGGGCGUACAAACUGAGCAUUUGUCGUCGACAGUAGUACGAGACUAUCAAAGCGAAUUAUGUGGAGAUUGUAAAACAGCCAUCGGGAACGGCAACACGACUAUACAAAUACAAAAUGCACGAAAAAACACAACAAAUCAGAAUCAAAUUUCGAAAUCGUUCACCUCGAGACGUUUACUGAACACAUCCAGUGCUUACGCUUCAGAACAUUCUUCUAAAUCCAUAAUGCCGGAUUACACUAAAUCUUAUAUAAAGUAAACAUAUCCGCAAUGUAUCAUAAUAUUUGUAUAUUAUAUUUAAUGUUACUUUUGUGUUAUUUGAAUAUUAAUGACAAAUUUGUGAGUAUAAGUCUUUAUUUUAAGAAAAUCCUAAUUAAACAAAUUGCAUAAUAACAACACAAUACUACAAUGUUAUCAUUACAAAUGAUGAGAAUAUCAUUACUCUCCUAAGGAGCUUUAUCGUAACCGAAUAAUGUGGUUUUGGUGUGAAUCCUUUGAAAUUCAAGAUAUAACGAUAUUAAUUGACUCCUAGGAUAUACUAUGUAUAAAUUAGUAUUAUCGUUUUCACCAGACCGAAUGAUUUGCAUUUUUAACAUUUAUAUUUUUUCGUAGCUAUGUAAGCCAGCAAAAUAACAUUUCUAAUUACAAUAUAUAUUCUUAUACAAUUUCAUU